ACUACAUACGUUUGCUCCUCCAAUAGACCCUGGCGGUAGCUCAGUCCUGAUCAAAACUACCACUAGAUUCCCAGAACUGAUGAAGAACUCUUGCAGGAUUCAACUGUUUCAUGUUUGGGUUUCAUGUCGUUAUUUGUCAAGUGCGUCAAGCGCCUUUUUAUUGCGAGCGUUGACAGACAGAUUACAAAGUAUGUAAACAAAUAUAGCUAAUGCGAAGCGCCGAGCAAACGAUCGUUCCCAACGGGCAAAUUGAAUCGUCCAGCUAAGCACGUUAGAACGCUGUCAAGAAUUACACUUCAAGGGCAGAAUAGAGUCGAAGAUGGGCCUGCAAAUCCCAGCCUUGGCAGGGCUUUUUAUCGCUUGUCUCUUUUCUACAGAUGUCAUCGUUUCUGCAGCGGCUCAAACCUCGGGUUGCCCUAGCCCCCUUGGAAUGCAAAACGGCUGGAUCGACGACAGUUCCGUGACAGCCACAACUUUCCUGUCUUUGGAGCACGAUCCAGGCCGCGCGCGGCUUAAUUCGACCGGGGCCUGGAUGCCUAGGACCCAAGGUUCUAGCGAGAUUCUACAAGUCCAUUUCCACAGUCAGACCAAUGUAUCUGGUGUUGCGAUCCAAGGGCAUCCGACCCAGGACUACUGGGUCACGCGGUAUAGAGUUGACUUCAGCAAGGACGGUGUCACGUGGGAGUCAUAUCCACAGGAGCUUACUGGAAGUACGGACCGGAGCACGCCAGUCAAGUCCCAAUUCACAGCAGUCAGGCCUGUACGGUACUUACGGGUGAAACCUACCGCGUGGAACAACGGUAUUGCGAUUCGACUGGAAAUAUAUGGAUGCGAGAAAGCUAACUCCAACUGCGGCAAGAGACCACUGUAUGAUCCACGUGAAGAACGCAUAAUCGGAGGUCAAGAGGCUGCCAAGAACACAUGGCCUUGGAUGGUGGACGUAACUGUCAAUAAUACUGGUCACUGGUGCGGUGGCUCAAUCAUCGACCCUCACUGGGUUGUGACCGCUGGCCAUUGUGUGGUACCGUGGAGUCCUCGCGCUAUCGGCACUCGUGUUUUGCGGUUCGCCGAGCAUGAUUCUUCGCGAAUGGAGGGCUAUGAGCAGUACGCUAUUCCUGACCGUAUCCACCUACACCCGGGAUUCGUCAUAGGGGGAGUAUCACACCCAGGUUAUUAUGACAUUGCUCUUCUACACCUGGGUAAACCUAUCCAGUUUAGUGAUCGCAUUCAACCAAUAUGCCUCCCGCAAGAUGACACCGAGUUUCCCGCGGGAAAGAUGUGCUAUUUGACAGGCUGGGGAGAAACGGUGCUCGACAGCGGAGUAUUUUCUCCCACCCUUAAACAGCUCAAGGUCCCCCUCGUCAACAAAUCCGUCUGCAAUAGUAACAACUCGUACAGCGGUAUCAUCCAUGAGCAGUUCAUGUGUGCCGGGUACAACCAAGGAGGUCAAGACGGCUGUUUAGGCGAUAGCGGGGGUCCUUUGUCGUGUCAGACCGAGUCAGGAGAUUGGGUACUGACAGGUUUGAUGAGCUGGGGCGAGAAAUGCGCACUCCCAGAUAAAUAUGGAGUUUACACAGAUGUCAGGAGAAUGUUACCUUUUAUAGAAAGUACCUUGUAUGGUUACCCUAAGUGCGGAAUACGUUACCUGCCCUCUGGCCCUCCCCCUGAGUCGCGUAUCGUGGGGGGGAGGGAGGCACCUCGCAACUCCUGGCCGUGGCAAGUGGAGAUUAUCCUGAAGACGCCUAACCUUACUACGCACUACUGCGGGGGGUCCCUUAUCGACCCCUACUGGAUUCUGACGUCGUCGCAUUGCUUCUGGACUUACAACAACAUCUCGACGCAAUUUGAAAUAAGGCUGGGAGAACAUGAUGUGCGAAAGUACGAAGGGUUUGAGGAGAUCAUCCAAGGAGACAAACUCUUCAUACAUCCGGGACUUGUCGUUGGUGACCUGAUAUCCCCCGGUGACUAUGACGUGGCUCUGAUCAAACUCAAACGUCCUGCUGUCUUCCAUAAGCGCGUGCAUUCCGUCUGUCUGCCUAGCGUGACAGCGAACCUUACCACCGGGACCAAGUGUUACGUGACGGGGUGGGGUAAGACCGCUGAGGGGAGCCCGUACUCGCUUGUCCUGAACGAGGUUGAGGUCGAUAUUGUCUCUAAGGAAGUGUGUAACGCCAACGACUCCUACAAUGGGACCAUAAAUGACAGGUAUUUUUGCGCAGGGUUCCCACAAGGAGGGCGGGAUUCCUGUGGUGGGGACAGUGGAGGACCACUAGUGUGUCCGAAUGCUGACGGGCAGUACGUCCUAAGGGGUGUGGUCAGUUGGGGUGAAGGGUGCGCCCGUCCCAAGAAAUACGGGGUCUAUCUGGACGUGAGGAGGAUCUUGCCUUUCAUCGAAGGAACAAUUGAGGGUUACCCUAAGUGCGGAAUACGUUACCUCCCCUCUGGCCCUCCCCCUGAGUCGCGUAUCGUUGGGGGGAGGGAAGCACCUCGCAACUCCUGGCCGUGGCAAGUGGAGAUUAUCCUGAAGACGCCUAACCUCACCACGCACUACUGCGGGGGGUCCCUUAUCGACCCCUACUGGAUUCUGACGUCAUCGCAUUGCUUCUGGACUUACAACAACAUCUCGACGCAAUUUGAAAUAAGGCUGGGUGAGCACGACGAGAGAAAGAUCGAGGGUUACGAGGAGAUAAUACAAGGAGACCAACUCUUCAUACAUCCGGGACUUGUCGUUGGUGACUUGGUAUCCCCCGGUGACUAUGACGUGGCUCUGAUCAAACUCAAACGUCCUGCUGUCUUCCAUAAGCGCGUGCAUUCCGUCUGUCUGCCUAGCGUGACAGCGAACCUUACCACCGGGACCAAGUGUUUCGUGACGGGGUGGGGUAAGACCGCUGAGGGGAGCCCGUACUCGCCUGUCCUGAACGAGGUCGAGGUCGAUAUUGUCUCUAAGGAAGUGUGUAACGCCAACGACUCCUACAAUGGGACCAUAAAUGACAGGUAUUUUUGCGCAGGGUUCCCACAAGGAGGGCGGGAUUCCUGUGGUGGGGACAGUGGGGGGCCGCUAGUAUGUUCGAAUGCUGACGGGCAGUACGUCCUAAGGGGUGUGGUCAGUUGGGGUGAAGGGUGCGCCCGUCCCAAGAAAUACGGUGUCUACCUGGACGUGAGGAGGACUCUGCCUUUCAUCGAAGGAACAAUCCAAGGGUACCCGAAGUGUGGAGUGCGUUAUCUUCCUCCGGAAAACAACAAGCCUCAACCGCGUAUCGUGGGGGGGAGGGAGGCGAGCCCAAACUCGUGGCCUUGGCAGGUCGACCUUGUGGUUAACGGGACACGUCAUAACUGCGGAGGUUCUUUGAUUGACAAGCAGUGGGUGGUUACCUCGGGACAUUGUUUCGACCAGAGACCAUAUGCGUACAUCCCUUUGUCGUAUUACGAGUUCCGUCUUGGUGAGCACCGUGAGUCUACGACUGAAGGCUGGGAGGAAAUCAUCAAAGGAGAAAAGCUUUUUAUCCAUCCCAAGUACAAACUCGGCGGCCUCGACUAUACCGGAGACUACGAUAUAGCACUUGUCAAACUCAAACGGCCCGCCGUCUUCUACAAGCGUGUCCACUCUGUGUGUUUACCGGAAAAGAGCUGGUCCCCACCGGACGGGGCAGGGUGCUAUGUGACCGGAUGGGGCCGGACGGCCGAAAAUGAAGGAUACUCCGACGUGUUGCGCGAAGCACAAGUGAGACUAGUGUCACGUGACACCUGUAAUGCGUCAUAUAGCGGAAUCAUCAAUGAGCGCUAUAUCUGCGCAGGGUACCCUGGAGGUGGGGUUGACUCCUGUGGGGGGGAUAGUGGGGGACCAUUGGUGUGCCCUAGGGGGGAUGGGAGCUUUGUAUUAACUGGUAUCGUGAGCUGGGGAAAAGGAUGCGCGAGGCCUAAUUAUGUUGGUGUCUAUCUCCAGGUCACGAGUAUGAUGUCGUUUAUUAAUGAAACAAUAUCGGCAAACUCGUGAUGAGAGAAUCGAGAUAAGAGAAUCUCUUAUUUCGCUAACGGGUGAGCCUAUUUCCAGUAUCAGUGAGGACUAGUAACGAGCUCAGCUAGUACCAAGGACGACAAGGCGCCUGGCUAGGGGUAGAGACGUGUUCCCCUUUACAUCAUUCAAAGAAUGUCAACCAGCCAAUUAAAUGUUGUUGUUAACAUGAAAAAAAAAAAAGAGAAGACAGUCUUUGAUAAAUACAAAUGCAUGCACGAAGUGUUCCUUUGGAUACCAGCGGGUCGGUCCAUAUGACGGUUAUUUUUAUGACUUUUUUAACACCUGCUUUGUAUGGCAAUGGAGUUUACCUCGAUAAAAACUGCUAUAAACGGUAUUAGUUUAGUGACAUUUUAUUGUAAUUUGUGUACAAUUAUGUAUGUAACCGUGUCUGUCUAUUACUUCAAACAUUGUAAAAUAGAAACUUUAAAAUAAUAAAUAGUCAACUGAGUAUCUCCUAAGCUUCCCUGACUCCCCCAAAUAUUGUUUGAUGAUUUUUUUAUAGAAUUUACCUGACACCCCCUCUGUGUCAUUUUAGAUUUCCAGCUGAUAAUUAUAAUUACUUUGUUAUACAGAUUAUACAGGCAAUACAGGUUAUACAGGUUAUACAGGUUAUACAGGUAAUGUGCUGCCCCGCCUUAUUGGUUGUUAAGUGGGUCUUACAAAUCGCUUUUAUAUACACCGCUUUUAUAUACACCGUGUUAAAUAAUAUAUUAAUAAUAAAUGUAUGUUUAUUAUGUAA